GGUUUGUGACGAAAACCCCCAAAAGGUUACAAGUGUUCUUGCAUAGGUAUUUAUAGAAAAAGAACUCCAUCCCAAUUAGUUAGCUAUAUUGAUCAAUUAUCAGUUGGUGUUUGGAAGAUCUGAAGAGUGAGUAGGACAUAUUCAGCUGUUUAGGCUUUUCAAAAUUAUGCAUGCAGUAGAAUUUAGUAAUUUGUUCGAAAUUUAAAAAUGCCUUUGACAUUUGUUUUGGAAAAGCAUGCCAUAAUGUAAGGUUUUCAUGAUUCUGCCUUGGUUUUAGUGUGUUUACUUUCUUCUUGCCUAAUAUUAGCAGCUUAAUCAUUUAAAGCCAAAGGCAGGUUUUGAGUUAAAACAGUUAUUUGCCUUUGAAAGUACAGAACUAGCUGAAAUUGCUUAAAGAGAAAAAAUUAAUGAAAUGAAAGCAACAGUACAACUAUUGAAAUGGCCAGUAUGUGAGGUUAACUUUACUGGGCAAAACAAAGAACGUAAUUGAUAUAGUGCACAGCUUUCUCCUUUUUUCCUCCCAACGUUGCUUCCUAAUUGGAGAGGCUUCAUAUUGCAGAAACCAUCUGAACAAUCAUGAUGCAUAUUCGUGGUUAAAAAUACUUGACCAAUCUCCAGCGAUGGAGGUUCCCACCCUUUAAACAUUCAAGUGGCCAGCUGUCAAACACAGUUUUUGCUGUCAGUACUGGAUUUGUCCCGGGGAUCUGAGAACGAAUCAGGGAGAGCAUUUCGACUGAAGCUUCCUGACUGAAAAGCAGAAGCAAAAUGGAGCGCUAUGAAUCUACCUCAGAUGCUAAUAAAAUCCACUCAAAUCGCCUGUCAAGCAUUACAGAAGAUGAGGAACAAGAUGCCGCAUUAACCAUUGUGACAGUGCUCGAUAAAGUAGCCACAGUGGUGGAAGGCGUACGGGAAAGCCAGAAGAGAAUAGAAGAAAGACACAGAGAAAUGGAAAAUGUCAUCAAAUCAGUUCAGAUUGAUGUUCUAAAGAUUUCUCAGUGUCAUAGUAACACUAGUUAUGCAGUUGACAAGCUGUUGGAGAAAACCCGUAAAGUUAGUGCUCGUGUUAAAGAAGUGAAGGCCCGGGUGGAGAAGCAGAAUUUAAAUGUGAGAAAAGUUGAAGCCAAGCAAGAGGAGAUGCUGAAAAAAAACAAAUUUCGAGUGGUUGUCUUCCAGGAAGAGAUGCAGUGCCCUACUUCGCUGUCUGUGGUUAAGGAGAGGACACUAGCUGGGAACUUAGAAGAUGACGAAUUCUGUUUCCCAGAUGAUCUGUCUUCUGAUGAAGAGUACCACAUAGAAGAAAGUAGAACCUCGAAAUUUCGCAAGUCGGGCAUGAGACGCAUUGCCAAUCUCAAAAAGGCAUUUUCAAAGGAAAACAUGCAGAAAACAAGGCAGAAUUUUGACAAGAAGGUGAAUCGAAUUAGAACAAGGAUUGUGACUCCUGAGCGGAGAGAGAGGGUGCGGCAGUCCGGAGAAAGGCUGAGGCAGUCUGGGGAAAGAUUGAAGAAAUCCAUUUCUAAAGCAGCUCCAAACAAGGACACCUUCAAGAUGUAUAUUCAUAAGAAAGAGAAAGAGCGGACCGGCGCCGAGGGCCAAGAAGGCCUGCACGAAAAGGGGGUGGAUGCCGCAGCUGAACCCGCAAGGGAGACCAACACUGAUGUCCUGACUCCACUAGACAGAGAACGGGCCAGAGAAGCGGGAGAGGAACCUGAGGCCUCCGAGGAAAAAAUCACCCUGAAACCCCAGACCGAACCGGGAGAGGCUGAAGUGCUUUUACUGGAUUUAAAGCAGUCAGCAUAAACGGGCUUGGGGGCAGGAGGGUGGAGGUGUUGUGAUAGCGGUAGAAAGCCUAUGGAGUUUUCGCAUAGUAGUGCAGUUUUACGGAGAAAAAUAGUUUAAGUGGCAUGUAGAAAAGAGUAUUGAUAGUACUAACUAUGUCACUGUGCAUUUCAGAGCUCUAGUUCCCUAUCUCUAGUUGGAUGGUGGCCCAGUACUAAUUUUUCCCAGCACCACUUGUUUUCCCUUGUGGAGAACAUGCAGCUACAACCCCUGAGGCCUGAAGGCUUGAAGGAUUUCCUUAUGGCAGCUCUUUCUAAGGGGGCGGGAUCGAGGGAGAGAGGUGACAGGACACGAUCCUUGCUGCUGGCCAGUUGGUCUGCAGCCACUAGUAGUAGCCAAGGAUUUCUCUGGUUUAUCCCACUCGAGCCUUGUUAGUGCUAGAAACAAGGGGACGGAUGAGUGGGGCAUUGGUCGGAUUAAUAUGGAGGAACAAGGCUGCCAGUGGGAUAAAUAGUUCAUCCAUUGGCAUCGGAAAAAUCACUGGGAGAGUUCCAAGUCUAAUAGAAAGUAGCAGGGAUAAAGUAAUCGAAGCAAAGCUUUGGCCAGACUCUUCCCUCAAUGGGCCCCAUAGCCAUAGGCCGGUGUCACCCAGGGCCCAUCCCUGAGCUUCACUGUGCAUUGCAGGAGGCCAGAUGGAUCUUUCCAGUCAUGGCCCAGUCAGGAGAACCAGACAGGGAGAUGUGGAGAGAUCUUAACCUAUUCUGUACCUGGGAGACUCCAGAACAGGGAUUGGGUGCUUUCUCCCAGAUCCCCCAGCUCCAAACUCGGAGUUUAAGUCUACGCGCUUAGUACAGCGCUCUGCAUACAGUAACCGUUCAAUAAAUACCCUCACUUAAUUGAACAGAAGUGGAAUAGUGUUCUUCCCCACUGACAACCCGGCGCCUGGAAGGCCCUCCGGAAUAGGAUGGAAGGGGAGGUGCUUGGUUAUAGCACGUUCUCAAGAGUCAAACUCACAAUCAACUUCAAAAGCAGAACAAAUCUCCCGUUUGCUUUGGAAGUCGUUCCAAGGGUGUCUGGUCUCAACCUUCUGAGACAGGUUCUGGGAAAGAGAAGUUACUUUGGCCAGGGGAAGGAUCUGGGGUCACUGGCAGGCAGGGUGCAAGAAACCAGGACCGUUUCUGAGAGCUAGUGGUCUUAGGAGAGCACCCUCAGGGCAAACUAGAAUCAGUGCAGAACUGGGUGGGGAGUUUGGGGCAUUUUCAUGCUCUUGCCCGUCAACCGGCGACCCGUGUUUAUUUUCCGAGUGUCCACAAAGAGGAGCUCUAACUCUGUCCGGGCAUGAGGUCAUGGGCCAGAAUAGCGCUGUAAGAUGAGACGUGGUAACCACUCCCGUCUGAGACCGCUGUUCCCAGUCUGAGAAGAAGAGUGACUUCAUGACUCAGAGAGGGGAUUUUGGCUGGGGCUAUUGAUUUCUUCUUCCCUUUAAUAGAAAGUAGCUCUACCACAGAAAAGUAAAGGGGGAGACAGAGUUCCCCAUUCCAGUCAGUACAGAGAGGGCAAUAACAAGUUGAGGGAGAGGAGUUAUGGACUGGGGCAACAGGGAGAGAGUGGGCGUUGGUGUUAUUCACAAUUGCAAAUAUGGGAACAGGUUCAGAUUUCAUUCCCCACCAACAGCAUCGGAGGAAUCCUUUCCUCACUGCCUGUUUAUAAGGUCCCAAACCUUUUCUUUCCGGGAAAUUCAUGUGAAUGGGUAGCUAUUCCUAAAUCCAAGGGUUUUUCUUUCCCUUCCUAGCCUUAACCAACCUAGAUGCCUUCUUAUAGACUCCUCUGAACUUAGCAUCUUUUCUUUGUAAAGAUUCUUGUUACACAAUUGGAACACGUGAAAUGGAACUGUAAUUGGGAACCCAAAUGAUGCUAUGUCGAUUGAUGGUUUAAAAAGGCCAAUUUAAGGACUGCAUUUUGAGAUCUAGAUUUGAGCAAGAACCAAUUGGGUGUCUUUUUCUAUUGACGUUUGGACAUUUUCUCAAGAACUGUAACUAAAAAUGUAAAAACUUUCACAGUGCUUGCUGACAGUGCCGAGGGGUAGAAGAACCAAACAUACUUUGUUUAAGCAACAUGGAGCGUGAUGAAUGAUGAAAGUACAUGUGUGACAUUGUAACCGUUCUUGGAUGGGAUUGCCAUUUCCAGCUUGAGCAGGAUGAUUUCAUGACUCAGGAAGGCAGAGAGGACAUGAGCAGUAAGUGAUUUGCACUGUCCUUUACUUCAAUAAAAAGCAGUUCUUCCAAAGGAAAACUA